ACAAAGACAUUAUGCUGGAUAAAAAUGAUUUCGUGUCUGUAGAUAUAACAGUUAGAAAACUGCAGGCAGAACCUGGCAAUCCAGUUUUAAUAUAUAAACAAACUAAUGAAGAACUGCCUCAGUACCCAGGUCUAUGCAAAUCGGACUUUUUAUUAGGUAUUAUGAAUAGUGCACAAUUAAAAAUGCUUGAACGACAUAGUAAUUGUAUCAUGAUAGAUUCUACCCAUGGCACAAAUCAGUAUGGUUUAAAUUUGACAUCUGUUUUAAUUAAUGAUAACAAUUUUGAAGGAUUCCCAGUGGCAAUCUUGUAUUCUUCAAAAUUAACCACUGAAACGUUUGCUGCAUUUUUCAGUUCCAUUAAAGAAAGACUUCCAAAUUUGAAGACAACAGUUUUCAUGUCUGAUGAUGCUCCGGCAUAUUACAACGCAUGGUGCUCUGUGUUUGGAGAGGCAGAUCAUCAUUUACUUUGCAGCUGGCAUGUGCAACGUGCAUGGUUCAAAAAUUUGAAUUCUAAAGUCCGAGAUCCAGAAAUAAAGAGUAAAGAUUAAGUCAGAGUUACUGAAAAUUCUAAAAGAAAUCGAUAUUGUAACUUUUGAAAGACUUUCCGAUGCUUGUAUCAGUGAUUAUGUGUUGCAUGAUGAAACUCGAGCUUUUGGAGAGUAUUUAACCACAUACAUGCAACGUAAGAAACAGUGGGCAUAUUGUUACCGAACUUAUUUGGGUGUUAAUACAAACAUGAAAGUAGAGCGGUGGCAUCGGCAACUUAAAUACGAAGAAGCUGGUGGAACAGUUAUUAAAAGAUUAGAUAAGUCAUUGCAUUUUGUUUUAACUGCAAUAGCCAAGAAAUUAAUGGGUCAAAUCAUUUCUGUGGAACGGCCAAAAUUAACUUCUAGAAUGAAGGAAAUUAGAAACAAACAUGAAAGGAGCAAAUUCAUGGCUGAUUAUGAAUUAUACGAAAUAAAGCCAAAACAGGCAUGGAUUGUAUCUAGAAGUCAAGAAGGACUGAUUCAUACAAAUAAUGUGUAUUUUGAAAAAGUGUGUAAUUGUAACAUUCGAUGUCAUGAGUGCGACAUCUGCAUUCAUCAGUUUGUUUGUUCAUGCAUUGAUUAUAGUGUGAGAUUUCAGAUAUGUAAGCACAUUCAUUAUGUAUGCUCAGUUUGUGAUAUAGAUUGUGGUACAAAUGUUUGCUCAGAGAAAGAUGAUUUGAUAAUUGACGUAUCUGAAAAUGAUGAGCAAAUUGAAGAACAUUAUGCCAUCACACAAGAAAUCAGAAGAAAGGAACAUUCAGAUUUUGAAAAAGAAAAGGAAGAGUGGCAUGCAGAGUUUCAGUUUUUAACAUCACAGGCUGACACAGAGGAUAAAAAACAAAAGGUGAGAGAAUUCCUAAAAACUUUAAGAGCAUCUUUUGCUACUUGUGAAAAACUGCCAACUAUACCUUCAAGUUCAGAAUGUGUUAAUGAGCCAGUGAAUAAAUUUAUAAAGCAUCAAAGGAGGAACUAACUCCUAGCCCGGGUCUACGGACUGAAAAUAGGGCAUGGGCAGGGCCGUAGGAGGCAGUUCCCUACGUGUGGUCAACCAUGAAAUUGUAAUGUAUUUCUUCGGUAGAAUUACAGUGUCCGCAAAAGAAAUUUAAGAAACAGCUCAAUGAUUAUAAAUAGUACCAUUAACUGCUAUUAUUAAAACCAAAAGCAAUAUUAAUGUAUCUUUAAUUAAUCUUUUGAAAUUAUAUCUCUGUAUAUUAAAUAAAUGAUCUGAUUUUUGGGGAUGGUCUGCCCUCCUAGAAAGUU